AGGAGAGUUCCUACGUGAGCUAGGAAGAUAGCAAAAUAACUUCUUCUGUGUGUGCACCAGAGUUAAGAAGUUGUGUCUUGCAAUUUAUCUAAAUACAAUAGGGUGUUCUUUAUUUACUUGUGAGAGAACCAAGGGUGUAUUUGGGGUUUGGGUUUGUGUGAGAGUGUCUUCAAGUCAUUGUUGUAAUCUCCACAAUUAUAGUGAAAAUUUAUUCUGUCGCCUUUCGUGGACAUAGGCAUAUUGCCGAACCACGUAAAAUUCUUUGUGUCAUAUUUUCUUCUCUCUCUUUUUUAACCUUGUGUUAACAAAUUAUUUCACCCAAUUUUCACAACAAGACUAAAUAGGGGAAUUUACUUUUAUGGACACUACCAGUCAUUUAUAAAUAAGGUUGUUUCCAUAGUCCGUUAUGCUUUCUUUACUCAUAUCCCUCUUAAUUUCCAUUUAGUCACAUCUUUCUUUCAUUCUCCUCUUCUUCUUCCAUAUUUUCUCAAUUCUUUUGCUCAUAGAUUCCGAUGGCUCUGCAAAUUAACCAAGGAGGCUCUUCUUCUUCCACUACCCAAUGCAUGUAUGACAUUUUCUUGAGCUUUAGAGGUGAAGAUACUCGCUAUAAUUUUACUAGUCAUUUAUAUAAGGCUUUAUGUGACAAAGGUUUUAACACCUUUAUUGAUGAUGAUAAUCUUCAAAGAGGAGAAGAAAUUUCAACGGAGCUUCUCAAAGCAAUAGAAUUGUCAAUGAUUUCGAUUGUUGUAUUUUCUGAAAAUUAUGCAUCUUCAACUUGGUGUUUGAAGGAACUUGUCAAAAUUCUUGAGUGUAAGAAUUUUGGCCAACUAGUUCUACCUGUUUUUUACAAAGUAAAUCCAUCAGAAGUAUGUAAACAAGAGGGAAAGUUUCAGAUUGCACUAACUAAACAUGAAGAAAAAGAAAACAAAUAUAAGGUUCAGAGUUGGAGGGAAGCUUUAACCAAAGCAACUGAUUUGGCUGGAUUCUCUUACAAGGAUGGUUGCUUUGAAUCCGAAACUCAAUUUAUCGAAAGAAUUAUAAAAGAGAUAUCAAGUACCAUAUCAAAUCGAACACAACUAUUUGUCGCUAAAUAUCCAGUUGGAAUAGAUUCUCGUGCGAAGGAGAUAGAAUUGCUUUUGGAUACAAAGUCAAAUGGUGUUCGCAUGCUAGGGAUUCAUGGUCUUGGGGGAGUAGGUAAAACUACAAUUGCAAAAGCAGUUUAUAAUAGAAUUUUUGAUCAGUUUGAUAAGAGCUGCUUUCUAGAGAAUGUUAGAGAAAAGUCAUGGACAACCAAUGGCGUAAUCCAACUACAAGAGACACUUCUUUCUAAGAUAUUACAAGGCCCAUAUUUAAAGGUGGAUAGUGUUCCCAAAGGAAUUGAACUAAUAAUGGAUAGGCUUUGUCAUACAAGGCUUCUUUUAAUUCUUGAUGAUGUGGAUAAAUCGAACCAAAUAGAUAAUUUUCUUGGAAGUUAUGAUUGGUUUAGUUCCGGAAGUAGAAUUAUUAUAACAACAAGAGACAAACAAGUGCUAACCACUCUUGGAAAAGAUCAUCUAGUUUAUGAGGUUAAGGAAUUGAAUCAACGUGAAGCUCAUGAACUCUUCAGCCUACACACCUUCAGAAUGAAUAAACUAGGGAAAGACUAUGCAGAAGUUGCAAAGCAAAUUAUACAUUAUGCCAAUGGUCUUCCAUUAGCACUAAUAAUAAUAGGUUCUGAUUUGUGUGGAAAAAGUAUACAGGAAUGGGAAAAUGCAUUAGAAAAGCACAAAAAAAUUCCUCACCAAGAAAUUCAAGAAAGGCUCAAAAUAAGUUAUAAUGGAUUGGAAAAAACUGAAAAGGAGAUUUUUCUCAAUGUUGCUUGUUUUUUUAAGGGAUUUGAGGAGGAUUACGUUACAAAUAUACUAGAAACUUGCAAUUUAUAUCCACAUUAUGGUAUUUGCAAACUUAUCGAGAAGUGUCUCAUAACUGUUGAUGAAUAUGGCAUAUUGUCGAUGCAUGACUUGUUACAACAAAUGGGCAGGGAAAUCGUUCAACAAGAAUCUGAAAACCCUGAAAAUUGUAGCAGGAUAUGGUGUUAUGAGGAUGCUUAUGAAGUGCUAACUAGAAAUAUGGGGACAGAUAAAAUUCAAGCAAUGAUAUUGCGCUCACCUAACCCAGUAACCAUGAAAUUGCAAGGUGAACCUUUUGAAAGGAUGAAAAAUCUUAAAUUUCUUUUCGUUGAAAAUGUACACAUUUGUGAAGAAUUUCAAUAUCUCCCUAAUGGGUUACGGUUACUUGAAUGGCAUAAAUUUCCUUUUUCCUCUUGGCCAUCUAAAUAUUGUCCUCAAAAGCUUGUUGCACUCAAUAUGAGUUGGAGUAGUCGCAUUAAAAUGGAGACAAUAUUCAAGCAGGGUAUCCAAUUAACAAAUUUAAAGCAUAUCAAUCUUCAGGAGUGUGACUCCAUUACAGAAUUACCUAAAUUGUGUGCUCCAAACCUAAAGACAUUGGACCUCUCUUCUUGUACUGAAUUACUUACGGUUCAUGAAUUGUGUGUCACAAACCUAGAGACAUUGAACCUUUCUUUUUGUUAUAAAUUAGUUACGAUUCAUGAGUCCGUUGGAUUUCUUGAUAGGCUACGGAUAUGGGACCUACAAUACUGUAUGAGUCUUCAAAAUCUUCCAAACAACCUCAGGUUGAAAUCACUCGAAGGGUUUAAUCUUGAGCACUGCUCUAUGCUUGAGAAAUUCCCCAAUAUUCAUCAAGAAAUGAAAAGUUUAGAGAAUUUACAUUUAUCUGAGAGUGGCAUCAAAGGGUUGCCUUCAUCAAUCGGGUAUCUUACUCAGCUUACUGGAUUAUGGUUAAAAGGUUGCCACAACCUGAGGGAUCUUCCAGACAGCACCUACAAAUUGCAAAUGCUUGAGUUCUUAUCUUUUGACACUGCCAGAUUGAGACCACCGUGUAAUUUUUUUGAUGGACUUUCCGUAUAUGGGUUUCCAAGCUUAAGGGAACUGUAUAUCUAUGAAUGUGGAAUCGAGUUAGAAUUUUUGAUGAAGCCCAAUUACUUUCCCAUAUUGAAAGUUCUAAGUCUAUCUGGGACUGAUAUUGUUAGCAUCCCCGAAAGCCUACACAGAUUUACUACGUUAGAAUGCCUUGAUAUACGAAGUUGCAAGCAACUACGACAAAUUUUGAGGCUUCCACAAUUUAUAAAACGUGUAGAUGCAAGGGGCUGUACAUCAUUAGAUGCACAAUCCUCAAGCAGAUUAUUGAAUCAGAUUGGAGAAAUUUUACGUGAAGGAGAAAGAAGCGACAUAUUAAGUAGAGAUUUGUUCCUUUUUCAUUGGGGGGAUGAGCGUAGUUUUAUGGUACCAGGCACAGAGAUUCCAAGGAGGUUGAAUUCCAAGCAUCAUAGUGUUGGAAAUUCCAUAUCAUUCCGUGUUGGUCGCAAAUUUCCAAAUGUUUUUGCCGUCUAUUUCGCUUUUGGACCGGUGCCGCGUCCAUCCCCGGCUGUUCUUAAUGUUUACCUCUCCAUUAAUGGUUUUGAAAAAGUUUUGAUUAAUUUUAUUACCCCAUAUCGUGAUGCUUCUGAUACAUUGUGGAUAUCUUCUAGAUCACAUCUCAAAUUGCAAAAGUUGUUGAAUGAAUCAAAUCCAUCUGAUUACAAUCAUGUUGAGGUUACAUAUGGAUUAAUUCCACCUAUUCGUAAUUUAGAGCUUCGAAGGUGGGGGGUCAAAGUAGAAUGUAUCUGUUGUGCUCAAAAAUCUAGUAUUUCGUCUUCAAUGGCCCCUACCCUUGUUGACAAUUAUUCUGACCCCGAUCUGAAUCUACCAUUAAAGAAGAGGAGAAAGUAUGGAUUGAAUUCGGGAGAUAUAUAUAUGCCAAGGUUUGUCUCCUUCUUUAGUUGCAAUGUAGCAUUUACCCUUAAUUAUAUCUUCUCUCCUUUAUUUUUUAUUGAUGAUAUCCUCUCUAGUACGGUUGAAAUUGAAGGAAAAUACAUCUUAAUUAAAAGAGAUUGUGGAAACUAGACAGAAGGAUGGUAUUAAAUUCUAGGUUGAUCCAUUUAUGCAUUUAGCAUUUCAUGUAUGAAUUAGUAAUUACUGAGAUCUCUAAUCUGGUGCAACAAAUUGAUCUUAUUAGAAUUCUUUGUUAUAUUGUUUUGGUUGGACCUUUUUAUUUCUCACUUGGGGCAUGCUAUUUUAUAACUUUUACUAUGAAAUGGAAUGUUAACUUUUUUAUUGAUUAUUUGAUUGCAAGAUUGAAAAAUUCAAUGAGACAAACCAAGCCGAGUGCUGUGUGAUAUCCUUCAACUAACUAGGCUUUGUUGUAUUACUUGGCCUUUGUAACAGCCGAAUUUUUUGUAGCUUGUUGAAGUGUACCCAAGUUUUUUUCCAUGAAUUUUAUGCAAUCCUCUAAGCGUAUUUAAUCGUAUCAUUUAUUUAAGUUUACAGCAUCUCAUAAAAAUUGAUUAAGUGCUUGAGGAAAAAAAAAAAAAAAGACCCAACUGAUGAAGUAUAGAUUACUAACAGGAUACACCAGGGCAUAUGACUAUAAGUUUUUGACUGUAUGAAGAAGUAAAGAGUUUAAUCAAUUACUAACAGGAUACACCAGGGCAUAUGACUAUAAGUUUUUGACUGUAUGAAGAAGUAAAGAGUUUAAUCAUGCAUAUAAUGGAGAUGGAGUUACUAUGUUUGUUAUGAGGGGUUUGAUAUGGGUUCAUCUUCAAUGGGACUUACUUUGUUGACAAUGAUUCUGACUCCAAUCUGACUUCACCAUUGAAGAAAAGCAGAACAUAUUGAUUGAAUUUGAUAGAAAUAUGCCUCCAUCUGAGCACAGCCUUGAACUAUUCUCUCCUUUGUCAGUUCCGUUUGAGUGUUCAAUUCUUUUGCACUUUAUGACAAGGCUAUGGUAGCGUAAGUUCAGCACUAGUUUCAACUUGGAAGAAUUUCCAAACAAGGAGUCAAUUAUUAUAGUUUCUUGUCAAGAUUUACUAUUUCAAUUAUGCAAGCAUUGUCCACUGUGAUACAGAAGUCUUCAAGCUUCAGAUAAUAAUUUUGCUGGUUCCACCGUUCUUAACCUCUUACUGAGCCAGGAGCUCCUCAAUGGUUGAUGAAAUCUUCCAUUGAAAUUCCCAAGUUGGAUGAAUUGUCUGAUGGUUUAGUUGGGAAUUCUCCUACUCAAUCAAGGGCAUCUAAAUUUGCUACCAGAAAAUUUAUGGUCACUGAUUCUAUUAUUUAUGGCAGAUCACUUGAGGAAUUUGUUGAGCUUUAGAGCUUCGGACUGAAACCGAGCCGUAGUUCCCAAGUAGAGCCAUAAUUGACUCAUGUUUACAGUGGGUCUUAGCAUUGGAAAGGAGAAAUAAUUUUGUAUUUAUAGGAGUUGGAAAAAACAGAAUGAGUCAUCUUUAGUUUUUGUUGUAGUUAGAUUCUGAUUUUUGUCAAUUGAUAGCCAAUUAUGAUUUUAGACCAGUUGAAUUUAAAACUA